AUGUUGGUGGCUGUGGCGCAGAUGACAAGUGGCGGCGUGAUCCGCGAGAACCUUGCGAUAGCGCAGCAACUCGUGCGCCGUGCAGCGAUGGCAGGCGCCAAGGCCGUGUUUCUUCCAGAGGCUGCGGACUUUAUUGCGCCACCUGCGUCCGUGCCGACCCUCACCCGAUCACGAGACAACGGCGCUUUCGUAUCGGGGCUGUGCGCUUCAGCCAGGGACUUGGGUGUAUGGAUUAGCGUUGGUGUGCAUGAGCCACCAUCAUCCACAUUACAGGAGCCAACGCGGUGUUAUAAUACGCAAUUGCUGAUUAACGACCAGGGCAGUGUGUGCGCUCAGUAUCGUAAACUGCAUUUGUACGACGUCAAUGUCCAGAACGGUAUGUCCAUUCUCGAGAGCAAUACGACCAUCCCAGGCACGGAGCUUGUGCCGCCCGUCGAAACACCAUGGGGACGCGUUGGUCUCCUUACGUGCUAUGAUAUGCGUUUUCCCGAGGUGUCACUGUCGCUCCGUAGGAUGGGUGCUUCUAUCUUGACGUAUCCAUCCGCUUUCGCUGUCCGCACUGGCGGUGCGCAUUGGAGCACUUUGCUCCAAGCACGCGCUAUAGAUACGCAAUGUUGGGUCCUUGCCGCCGCGCAAGUCGGAACACAUCCAGGCACGACGCGUGCAUCGUGGGGUCACGCCAUGAUUGUCGACCCGUGGGGUUCGAUUGUGGCACAGUGCAGUGAUAUGCCACCUUUUGAACCAACGUUUUGCCUUGCAGACAUUACACUCCCGCCUCUUGAAAAGGUCCGGGCUGAUAUGCCAUUGUGGUCCCAGCGUCGAAACGACGUGUAUCCGUCUCUAUAG